AUGCAACUGACUAUAAUGCACAGCUCUAACCUGACACCAAGAUAUUUUAUCCUUAAUGGGAUCCCUGGACUGGAAGCUGCACAUGUUUGGAUUUCUCUGCCAUUUUGCUUCAUGUACAGCAUUGCUGUUGUGGGGAACUGUGGGCUCAUCUAUCUCAUCAUUCAUGUUGAGGCACUGCAUCGGCCUAUGUAUUAUUUCCUAGCCUUAUUAUCCAUGACAGAUAUUACUGUAUGUACUUCAUUUGUUCCCAAUAUGCUUUGUAUCUUAUGGUUCCAUCUCACAAAUAUUAACUUUAAUGCCUGCCUUGUGCAGAUGUUUUUCAUCCACAUGCUGACAGCCAUGGAGUCUGGUGUACUUAUGCUAAUGGCUUUGGAUCGGUAUGUAGCUAUUUGCUACCCCUUACGCUAUUCAACUAUCCUCACCAACACUGUCAUUAUCAAAGUAGGGUUUGCUACUUUUACUCGGAGUGUGUUGCUCACGAUUCCAUUCAUGUUUCUAGUUAAACGUCUUCCCUUCUGUAGGGGCAACCUUAUUCACCACACCUACUGUGAACAUAUGGCUCUAGCCAAAUUAUCUUGUGGAAACAUAAAGAUUAAUUCUAUCUACGGUCUCAUAGUUGCCAUAUUUAUUGGAGCAGCUGAUAUCUUCUGUAUCUCCUUGUCUUACUCAAUGAUUAUUCGUGCUGUAGUAAGCCUGGCAUCUGCUGAUGCUCGCCAUAAAGCUUUUAGCACCUGUACAUCACACAUAUGUGCUAUUGUUAUCACUUACAUCCCAGCCUUUUUCAACUUCUUCACCCACCGCUUUGGGGAUCAAACCAUACCACACAAUAUCCACAUAAUUAUAGCCAAUCUCUAUCUGUUGCUGCCUCCCACCUUGAAUCCAUUCAUCUACGGGGUGAAGACCAAACAGAUUCGUGAAGGAGUGAUUAGAUUGUUUUCUAGAGAGAAAGAUAUUUUAAGUACAAAAUAA